AUGCUCUUUGUGCUCAACCGUCCGAUACCGGUGGCCGAUCAUUUUCUCACGUUUGCGUCGCCGACGGUAAUGAAAAGCUACGCUGUCGACGGAUCAACGGCAUCCGCCGGAACGUCUGAAGCCGACCGCCCGCGCUCGUUGCCCGUUCACGACGAGAUGUGCGAGUCUUGCUUUGAUUACUGCGCCAACAAAACCGAACUGUGGAAACACGUGCGGGAUAAACACGGGGACGAUCAAAGGUUGGUGUGCCCAAAGUCCGGCUGCGGCAAGCGGUUUCCCGCGCUGGCCAUGAGUGCGGCCCACGCAGCGCACCACGGAAUGAUGGCCGGCGACCGGCCUUGGAGUUGCGAAUUAUGCGGUCACUUCAUGGCGAGUCUCCGGGCUUUCUGGAACCACAUCGUCAAAAAGCAUCCGGACGCCGUGGCCGCCACGUGCGGCGUGUGCUUUUUGUAUACGGGCGACGUGCCGUCGCUCAUCGACCACGUCCGCCGCGUACACGGUUCCACCGCGAACGGCAUCGCUGCCGCCGGGAAACCGCUGUGCGUCGAACAGAAAAUCAUGCGCGGCAUACGGUGCGACGUGUGCGGCAGAAGGUUCGGCAACUAUCGCAACAUGUUCAACCACAGGCCGGUGCACGGGACCGUCGAAUUAGACUCCCGGAGUCCGCUUGUCGCCCGGUCGUUGCCAAAGUCGCACAAGAGCAACGGAUUCAAGCCGUACUAA